AUGUCGCUUUGUAAAACUCGUUUGCAAGAGGAAAGAAAGCAGUGGAGAAAGGACCAUCCAUUUGGGUUCUAUGCGAAGCCUUCGAAGGCAGCUGAUGGGUCAUUGGACUUGACACAAUGGACCGCUGGAAUACCAGGUAGAUCAAACACUUUGUGGCAGGGAGCUACAUAUCCAAUAACUAUAUCAUUUCCAGAAGAAUAUCCUUCGAAGCCACCCAAGAUUAAGUUUCCUACUGGUUUUUACCACCCAAAUGUAUACCCAAGUGGUACGAUAUGCUUAUCUAUCUUGAACGAAGAACAGGACUGGAGACCGGCGAUCACUAUUAAGCAAGUCGUGAUGGGUAUCCAGGAAUUAUUGGAUAGUCCAAAUCCAGACUCGCCUGCACAAGAGCCAGCUUGGAAGGCAUUUAGUAAGGAUCUUGCUACGUAUGAAAAGAAAGUCAAAGAACAGGCCAAGCGAUACGCAACAGCGUCAUAA